AUGGCUAUAAAGUAAAGUUGCAUCAGUACCUACAAAACACUAUUUCGUGAUAAUGUCUCUUACACAUUACAUAUAUUUUUUACUUCUUUGUUGUUGGUUCAACUGCCAUGGACUUUCGGAAGUACCUGAUACUGUGUGUGACACAAAAGCUGUCCUUUCUAACCCUAAAAACGAAACGUGUCCAGGCUGCGUAAACGAGGAGAAGGACUAUGAUAAACAACAAAUAGGAGACAUGAUUGAUAAGGCGCUACACGAACUUACCGAAACAAAAAAUGUGAAAUAUUCUCGAGGAACAAUUGUAAAAGUUAAAUCUGGUGUAGUGGCUGGCAUCAUGUACUUCAUACAUUUCCAAGCCACUAAAAGUGACUGCAAAGAAAAGGAAUGUCCCAUCGCAGAAUGCUAUACAAGUGUAGUACAUAAGAGAUGGCUCAACGAAACAAAUGUUAUAUGUAUCGAAUGUGAAUAAAUUUUGCACGUGACGGUAUGGCAAUCGUAGUUCAUGGUAUAAAAGGCUCUUAACACUGUCUCUAUUAUUCUCUAAAUCAUUUUCACUGGUUACUAUUUACUCAAACGUCCCAGACGUAUUGUACACACACCAUACAGCAGUAUUAUAUUUUUCACCUCACUAGCUCGGAAAGGCUUUCUUUCUCAUUAGAAAUCUGUGCGCAAAAGCGUUUUUUCCACGCUAGCGUGGAUACGAUUUUUGAAAUUCGAACUGACUAUGGACUAUGGUGUGCCUAAUUUCUUUCAAUGAAAAUAGUUAUUUUUGAUGUAAGUGCGGAAAGUUAGUCAUUAUCCACGAGGCUCGAGGCUUCUUGGCCCGAGCCAGA